ACGCAGGGCGGCUUUGGGCCUGCGGGACGGGCUGUGCCUCUGCCCGCCAGCCUGGUUGCCCGGAGUCAGUUUGAAGCCCUUCAGGACUCGCACGGUUACGGGCCUCGGUUACGAAGGAAGGGACGUUCUCCUGUGGGGAUGAUUGUGGCUGCAAAACGGCAGCCACAGGGCUCGGUUGCCAUAAAGCAGAGAGCAUUUAGAUCAAGAGCUCGCAGAUGGGUCAGGGACUCUGGAGAGUUGCUAGGAACCAGCAAUUGCAACAGCAAGGAUACAGUGGACCAGGCUAUCUUACCAGAGAGCAUGGUAGGAGGGUAGCUGCUAAUGUUUCCAAUACAAGCCAUCGCAAACAAGCCCAAGGAGGCAUUGACAUCUACCACCUGUUGAAGACAAGAAAAUCUAAAGAACAAGAAGGAUUCAUUAACCUGGAAAUGCUGCCACCAGAGCUUAGUUUUACCAUUUUGUCAUACCUGAAUGCAACUGACCUCUGUCUAGCUUCAUGUGUCUGGCAGGAUCUUGCUAAUGAUGAGCUCCUCUGGCAAGGGUUGUGCAAAUCCACUUGGGGUCACUGUUCUAUAUACAAUAAGAAUCCGCCUCUAGGAUUUUCUUUUAGAAAAUUGUAUAUGCAGCUAGAUGAGGGAAGUCUCACCUUUAAUGCCAACCCUGAUGAGGGAGUCAACUACUUUAUGUCCAAAGGCAUAUUAGACGAUUCACCAAAAGAAAUAGCUAAGUUUAUCUUUUGCACGAGAACACUAAAUUGGAAGAAGCUGAGAAUCUACCUUGAUGAAAGGCGAGAUGUUUUGGAUGACCUUGUGACGCUGCACAACUUCAGAAAUCAGUUCUUGCCAAAUGCACUGAGAGAGUUCUUCAGACACAUUCAUGCUCCUGAGGAGCGUGGGGAGUACCUUGAAACUCUCAUAACGAAAUUCUCUCACAGAUUCUGUGCUUGUAAUCCUGAUUUGAUGAGAGAACUUGGCCUUAGUCCUGAUGCAGUUUAUGUACUGUGUUACUCUUUGAUUCUACUUUCAAUUGAUCUAACAAGCCCUCACGUGAAGAACAAAAUGUCAAAGAGGGAAUUCAUCCGAAAUACGCGACGAGCUGCACAGAAUAUUAGUGAAGAUUUUGUAGGGCACCUUUAUGACAACAUCUACCUUAUUGGCCAUGUGGCUGCCUAAAAGCACAAUUUGCUAGCACUUAAAAUUUGUAAUUUUCAAAUAUUACGUCAAUUCAAGACAUUAAUUAUUUUGUAGAGAUGGGGGUUAUUUUAGUGCUGGUCAUUCUAACCUCUGUAUGCAAUCAAAGUUUGUGUGUGUAAGUGUGUGUAUGUGUAAACUACCUUUUCUAUCUAUUUACUAUGGGAAUGGAAGGACUUGGUUUUCAUAAUUUUUUCAGUUUUGCACAAAACAAUACCAUUAGUCUGACACAGCCAUUUACGAAUGUUAAACUGACAUUACAGUCUAAGCUGACAAAGUGGUGAAUUUGUGCGUUAGAUCUGCUUGAAACUUCAUUCUUUUUAGGAUACUGUGUAAUGUGUAUAUAUUUAACUGAAGAGAUUUAUAAGCAUAAUUAUUUUAUUGUGAAAUAUUUUAACUAAAAUUUCUCCUCUUAUCUCUUAAAA